UAUUGCGCUCACCUUUAUCUGCUCACCUUGAAGUGAUUCAAAAUUCGAACUUAAUAAUAUAAAACAUUGAUUUACUAAAUUCACAUCAGUAGCAAAAACAACAUAGGUAAUAUAAUAUAAUAUCUCUGUGAUCAAGGUUUAAAAAUGGUGUUUGAAAUAAAAAAUAAAGUGGCAUUGAUUACUGGAGGUGCCUCAGGUUUGGGAUUAGAACAUGUAAAAGCUUUGUUGGAGAAUGGAGUUAAGGGGGUAACCAUAGCAGAUGUAAAUGAAGCGAAUGGUACCAAAGUUACUGCAGAACUACAAGAAAAGUACGGCAAAGAUAGGGUCAUAUUCGUUAAAACUGAUGUUACUGACAAAGAAAGCUUCGAAAAUGCUUUUCUAGCCACAGUCAGCGCAUUUAGAUAUAUAGAUAUACUUAUCAAUAAUGCUGGCGUAAUGCUGGAUGUGAAUAUGUCAUUAGCUGUAGAUAUUAAUGUCAAAGGAACACUUAAUGGCAUUAUAUUGGGUAUGGAAAAAUAUUUAAAACAAUACAAACAAGGAAGCGAAGCUGUCAUUCUUAACACAUCUUCAAUUAAUGGAGUAAAUGGGAUGCCCAUAGCACCAGUAUACGGAGCAACAAAAUUUGCUGUUACAGGAAUGACAAUGUGUUGGAGUGAUCCUUUCCACUAUGAAAGAACCAAAGUGCGUGUCAUAGCUAUUUGUCCAGGUAUUACCGAAACCCCAUUGGUUGCGAAUUGUAUAAAACCGGAAACGUUAGUCACACCGGAAUAUUAUAAACCUUAUAAGCUAGCUGUAGAAGCAGGCCUAUUACCAAUGCAAAAAGCUGACCACGUGGGCAAAGAAAUGAUUGGAGUUUUGAAAUAUGCGCCCAAUGGAACUCUUUGGGUAAUAGAAGCAGGAGCACCAGCCUAUCAGUUUAUCAUUGAAGAGAGAAAUGUGUUUAAGAACAACGUAUUAAAAACUUCUUAGUACAGUUAAUUAAAAUUUAUUAAGGAAAAAAAGCUUUAAAUUUACUUCGAUUCAGGGGCCACCACCAUCAGUUCUGUUGACUCUAAAAAGAAGAAACGUAUGUCAACUGAUAGUCUGGGUAAAUUAUCGGACAAUAGGCCAUUUUUGGGAAAAGUUAUUUACCAGCAAUUUUAUUGCUGGAAUCGAAUCUUAUGACUGUAUAUAUUAAUAAUAUAGCUAUGUAAAGUCCGCAGAUAGUAUGCUACUUUUUUAUAAACAAAAUGGCGCCCGAUAAUCGUGCUUUUUUCAAUUUUUGCUCUAUAACUCCAAAGAUUUUAACUUUAAACCAAAAACACCUAAAUAAAAAUUCACCGUAAUUAAGUUCUGCAUUGAGAGGUGUUUUUCCGAAUUACUUCGACAAAAAUUUUCCCCGAAAAAUGCGGGUUUUUACAACAAAAUUUUUAAUUUUCAACUAAUAUUUUAGAUAAGUUUACGAAUAAUUAAAUAACUUGGUAAUCUAAAAGCUCUUUCCGUACAGAUUAUAAUCCCAGAAGACGAUGAAAAUCGAAUGAAUAGUUUAGCAACAAUUGAAUUGUUAAUUAAAAAUUAACGGUCGCUCUAAUAACCACAAUAAUAAUUAUGAUACGUAAGAACAGCUAUGAUUGUUGUAUAAAAAGACAUUGUACCUAUCUAAUGUACUUUACAGAAUUGAAAUUGGAUUAUUUAAGCGGCCUCAGGAAUAUUUUAAAAUUAUAAACAAUUUUUUGGCUUAUAAACAAAUAGAAUAUCUCGGGAAAUGGUAAAUUAAAUUAAAUUGUGAAAAUGGCAUUAGAAAGAAAGCCACAGGGUGCUUGUUUUAAAAUAAAAAACGUUUAAUUGUGAUGAGUUGUUACGACCGGUCAAAGUUGACCGGCAUUUACGGCAAAGAUAUAAACAAUAUGAUCAUAAUUUUUGAACCAUCACCUUUUUAUUUAUGUCCUCUUUCUCCACAUCAAUUUUCAUAUCUAUAAAAUACUCAUUACAUAUAUUAUUAUAAUAAAAACUAUCGAUAUUACGGGUAAAAAUUGCCAAAAAUAGCAAAAUUCCAAUCAAAAAUUAGGUUGGAGAAAAUGUAAUCUCAAAGUUCAAAAUCGGUAUACGUUAAAAAAAUGCGUUUUCUCGGCUUCCCAUGGAGCAAUUUUCUUCAUUAUUAUUUUGUUCUCAAGUAACUCGAGUAGAGCCAUCUAACUAACGCAUUAUUAAAUGUCAAACUUGCUUUUGUUUUGUUAUAAUAGAUUAAUUUAUUUACAAGAAAAAAAACUACAUAUUUUUUACAGUUGUAAACUUUUUUUAGAUAAACUUACUACAAGUGUACCUUUUAACGUUAAAAACACAAAUAUUCUCAUUUGAAAGCUGUAUAAUUAUUUAAACAAUCUUUAUGUAAGCAAAUUAAAAAUUUUUGUUUUAAUAAAUUAAUUAAUUUAUUAGAACAAACAAAAGCAACUUUGACAUUUAAUAAUGCAUUAGUUAGGUGGCUCUACUCGAGUGACUUGGGAACAAAAAAUGAAUGAAGAAAACUGCUCCAUGGGAAGCCGAGAAAAUGCAUUUUUUUUAACGUAUACCGAUUUUGAACUUUGAGAUUACAUUUUCUUCAACCUAAUUUUUGAUUGGAAUUUUGCUAUUUUUGACAAUUUUCACUCGUAAUAUCGAUAGUUUUUAUUAUAAUAAUAUGUGUUAUGGGUAUUUUAAAGAUAUAAAAAUUGGUGUGGAGAAAGAGGACAAAAAUAAAAAGGUGAUGGUUGAAAAGGUGUGAUCCUAUUGUUUACAUCUUUGCCGUAAAUGCCGGUCAACUUUGACGGGUCGUAUCUCAGGAACCUCUCAUUAUAAUUAAACUUUUUUCUUUUAAAAGAAGCGCCCUGCCGCUUUUUUUCCAAUACUGUUUUCAUGAUUUAAUUUAAUUUAAUAUUUCCCGAGAUAUUCUAUUUGUUCAUAAACCAAAAAAUUGUUUAUAAUUUUAAAAUAUUCCUGAGGCCGCUUAAGUAAUCCAAUUUCAAUUCUGUAAAGUAUAAUAUUAGAUAGGUACAAUGCCUUUUUUACAAUAAUCAUAGUUAUUCUUAUGUAUCGUAAUUAUUGUGGUUAUUAUAGCGAUCGUAAAUUUUUGAUUAACAAUUUAAUUGUUGCUAAACUGUUUAUUCGAUUUCCAUCGGCUUCUGGCAUUAUAAUCUAUACGGAGUAUUACGGAGAGAGCUUUUAGGUUACCAAGUUAUUUAAUUAUUUGUAAAAAAUUACUUAUCUAAAAUUUUAGUUGAAAAUUAAAGAUUUUGUUGGAAAACCCCGCAUUUUCCGGGGAAAAUUUUUGUCGAAGUAAUUCGGAAAAAACACCUCUCUAUGCAGAACUUAAUUACGGUGAAUUUUUAUUUAGGUGUUUUUGGUUUAAAGUUAAAAUCUUUGGAGUUAUAGAGCAAAAAUUGAAAAAAACACGAUUAUUGGGCGCCAUUUUGUUUAUAAAAACAGUAGCACACUAUCUGCGGACUUUGCAUACCUAUAUUAUUAAUAUAUACAAUCAUAAGAUUCGAUUUCAGCAAUAAAAUUGCUGGUAAAUAACUUUUCCUUGUAUUUUGCUAAUUACCCCAGAGUAUGAUGGUUGUGACCUCUAAACCGAAUUAAACCUAAAACUGUCUUUCCUUAUUUCAAUUUACUCAGAUUUGAGUACUAGGGAAGCAGAAUUCUGUUGGAUUGUUAUUUAGUGGUGAAUUCAAAUCAUAGAUUCUCCCAUGUCCGCUAUUUAUCGGUCUGUUUUCUUAAAAGUUGUGAAAAGCUAAGGUUAUAGAAUGUUACCAAGAAUUCUGCAUUCCGACUUAAAAGAGAAUUUUUUCUUUUCUCUGUUGUUUAAAAUGUAUUGUUUGCUUAUUUGUUUCAAAGUUUCAAAUUUUUUAAUUUCUUAUUAAAAUUUUAAUCAAAAUA